GCUGGUCUUCCUUCUCUCUCGGCACGGAAACCUCCAUUGUUCUUCACUUCCUUCUUAUUCUGCUGCUUCUUCUUCCAGAUCAGAUCUACAAAUCCACGCCGCUCUGCAUUUGAAGGCUGCUGAGAAGAAACAAAGAUGGUGAAAAUUUGUUGCAUUGGAGCUGGAUAUGUGGGUGGACCCACAAUGGCUGUGAUUGCCUUAAAGUGUCCUGAGAUCUCAGUAGCUGUGGUGGAUAUCGCCACCGCACGAAUCAAUGCCUGGAACAGUGACCACCUCCCAAUCUACGAGCCAGGCCUCGAAGAAGUGGUGAAGAAUUGCAGGGGAAAGAAUCUUUUCUUUAGCACUGAUGUGGAGAAGCAUGUUGCAGAGGCUGACAUAGUCUUCGUCUCGGUGAACACCCCCACAAAAACUCAAGGACUUGGAGCUGGCAAAGCAGCUGAUCUCACCUAUUGGGAGAGUGCUGCAAGGAUGAUCGCUGAUGUUUCCAAAUCUGACAAAAUUGUGGUUGAGAAAUCCACUGUUCCUGUGAAAACAGCUGAGGCAAUUGAGAAGAUCCUGACCCACAAUAGGAAAGGCAUCAAUUUCACGAUUCUGUCAAACCCAGAAUUUCUUGCUGAGGGUACAGCAAUUAAGGACCUACUCAAUCCUGAUCGAGUACUUAUUGGAGGUAGGGAGACCCCAGAAGGUGCUAAGGCUAUACAAGCUUUGAAAGAUGUUUAUGCCCAUUGGGUCCCUGUUGACAAAAUCCUUUGCACCAACUUAUGGUCUGCUGAACUCUCAAAGCUUGCUGCCAAUGCUUUUCUGGCACAAAGGAUCUCUUCUGUGAAUGCCAUGUCAGCACUCUGUGAGGCUACUGGAGCUGAUGUCACCCAGGUGUCACACGCAAUUGGCACAGACUCAAGAAUUGGACCCAAGUUCUUGAAUUCUAGCGUUGGUUUUGGGGGAUCUUGCUUUCAGAAGGACAUUUUGAACUUGGUCUAUAUCUGUGAAUGCAAUGGCCUUCCCGAGGUUGCAACUUACUGGAAACAAGUGAUUAAGGUGAAUGACUACCAGAAAACUCGGUUUGUGAACCGAGUGGUUUCCUCCAUGUUCAACACUGUAUCAGGUAAGAAAAUUGCUAUUCUGGGCUUCGCUUUCAAGAAGGACACUGGUGAUACAAGGGAGACACCUGCCAUUGAUGUGUGCAAGGGGCUAUUGGGAGACAGGGCUCGUUUGAGCAUAUAUGAUCCGCAGGUCACUGAGGAGCAAAUCUCAAGGGAUCUCUCAAUGAAUAAGUUUGAUUGGGACCAUCCUGCUCAUCUUCAACCAACAAGCCCAACUUCCAUUAAGACAGUGUCUGUGGUUUGGGAUGCCUACGAGGCAACAAAAGAGGCUCAUGCUGUUUGCAUUCUGACUGAGUGGGAUGAGUUCAAGAAGCUUGAUUACCAAAAAGUUUAUGACAAUAUGCAGAAGCCUGCUUUUAUAUUUGAUGGUAGGAGCAUUGUGGACGUGGAGAAGCUGAGGAAAAUAGGGUUUAUAGUUUUCUCCAUUGGCAAGCCUCUAGAUUCAUGGCUCAAGGAUAUGCCUGCGGCAGCUUAAAAUGGGGUUCCAACCAAAAUUUGCAGAGGCACUUAGGUUGAAUUUGUUGGGGUUUCAGGGGGAUUGAUUAUCACAGUCUGAUACAUUAAGCUAUUCUUUUAAAAUAGUUAAAUUUCAGUUGCUAUUGUGUCUUUUCAUUAUUUUGAUUUGAUCAGGCUUUGUGGCUUGGUAGCGCCAAUUUGUUUGUUGACCAGGUUUUGAUUAAAUAAAUGAGCUCCCCUAUAAAUUUUACGCAGUUUCUGCCUUCACAUUAAGUAGAAUGAUUUUU